UAGCAAAUGAGCGAUGUGAUGACGUAUAUGUUAGGAAGCUAAGCACAGUCGCACUGAACCAUUUUCCCCUAAGACCUUCUCAUCUCGAUGGAGGAGAAACGCCGCGACGCCGCGUCUCACCCUCCUCCCACCGUCAAUUCGCCGGCGUCGGAGCCUGCAUCCUCGCGCCGCCGCGCCGGAAGCCAUAAGAGGAAGGCCAGCGCUCUCAACGCCUCCAAUUCCUCGUCGACGCCCUCCAAACGCAUUACACGCGAGAAGGCAUCGCCUCUUCACCCUCCUCCCCUCCAUAAUGGUCCCUUGACUAGGGCUCGGCAAAUCCCCAGCAACCUCUCCUCCGCCGCGUUGUAUUCGGCUGCUGGCGGCGGCUCCGCUUCUGCCCCCGCCGCGGUGAAACACUCGGAACGUGGUUCUCAGACCCAGGCUUUGGGUGGAGACUCGGUGGCGCUGGCGGAGCAGCUCGAGAAGGAGAGCGAGUGGGAAUCUAUAGAAGCUGCGAUCGAAGCGGAAUUCGAAGCAAUCAGAUCUCGUGGUACCAAUGCUCACGUGGUUCCGACUCAUUGUGGUUGGUUUUCGUGGUCAGAUAUCCAUCCAAUUGAGAAGCGUAUGUUGCCUUCUUUCUUUAAUGGCAAAACUGAAAAUCGGACUCAUGAUAUAUACAUGGAGAUACGGAAUUGGAUAAUGAAGAAGUUUCAUUCAAAUCCAAGCAUACAGGUUGAAUUAAAAGAUUUGUCAGAGCUUAAUGUUGGAGAUUUGGAUGCUAGGCAAGAGAUAAUGGAGUUUCUGGACUAUUGGGGUUUAAUUAAUUUCCACCCAUUCCCUUCUGUGGAUUCUGCUGUGGCCAGCACCAGUGAUGAUGGGGAAGCAGAAAAGAAUUCCUUGCUUGAAAAAUUGUAUCACUUUGAAAAUCUCCAAUUACGUCCUCCUGUUGUUCAAAAGACUAGCCUAAUGACUCCAGCCCUGAACUCUGGUUUGUUUCCAGAGUCUACAAUUGCUGAAGAGUUGGUGAAACAAGAGGGCCCAGCAGUUGAGAUGCUUGAGUACCAUUGCAACUCUUGUUCUGCUGAUUGUUCUCGCAAACGCUACCAUUGCCAGAAGCAGGCAGAUUUUGACCUAUGUACCGACUGCUUUAGUAAUAGAAGAUUUGGCUCUGGCAUGUCUUCGUUGGAUUUUAUACUCAUGGAACCAGCUGAAGUUGCAGGGGUCAGUGGUGGAAAGUGGUCUGAUCAGGAGACCCUUCUGCUCCUUGAAGCACUAGAACUUUAUAAAGAAAAUUGGAAUGAAAUUGCAGAACAUGUUGGAACAAAAUCAAAAGCUCAGUGCAUAUUGCACUUUGUUCAAAUGCCAAUUGAGGAUACCUUUGUUGACUGUGAUGACGAUAUUGAUGCUGGUUGCAAAGAAACUGCAGAUCCAGCUGCAAAAAACAACGAUUCCUCUGUGCACAAUGAUGCUUCAGAAUUUAUAGAGAAUGACGCUAGUGAUAUCAUCAAAGGCAAUGAUGAAACUUCUAAGGCUGAAGAUGUUAAAGUGAAAGUUAGUCAGGAGGCUCCAAAGUUACAAGAUGGUAGUGAUGAGAAAACUAGUGAGGGAACUUCUAAAUCAGAAGAAGAUGCUGUUGAAGUGAAAUUUGGUCAGGAUGCAGGCAAGGACUGUGCUCUAAAUGCUCUUAAGGAAGCAUUUGCAGCGGUUGGUUAUUCUCCUGGACCUGAAGGCCCAUCUUCAUUUGCUGAAGUGGGUAAUCCUGUCAUGGCAUUGGCAGCUUUCCUUGCACGUUUGGUGGGUUCUGAUUUGGCCGUUGCUUCAGCUCAUAGCUCCUUAAAAUCCAUGUCUGGAAAUUAUCCUGGCACUGAGCUUGCUGCAAGGUGUUGCUUUCUUCUGGAAGAUCCACCAGAUAAUAAGAAGGAACCAAGUAGUUCUGAGAGGGAUUCUAAAAGUGAGGGAGACCAGGAUGACAUAAAUGUAAAACAGGAUAAACCGAUGUUAGAUGAUAAAGAUUUACCAAAUGAUCACAAUAACAUGAAAAUUGGAAAUAAUGCUUUAGAAGACAAGAGACAGCUGGUUUCUACAGCUGAUGGAGCCACAGAUAAACCAAUUUCUUCAAAGGAGAAAGCAGUUAUUAAUCAUGAGUGUGGGCUCGGCAAUUGUAAUGAUCCCAGCAAUUCAAAGCUACCCAAUGAUCAAGCACCGGGCGCUAUGCAUGAUUCAGGUGGUUCAACAUCCAAGGCUGAAAUUCCACCUAGUUCUGAGGAGGUUCAGGAGAAAACUCUGAUAGAAGAACCUUGCCAUCUUGUAGAGGAACUAAAGGACGGGCAUGCAUCUGAUUCUCUUCCAUCAGAAAAGAAAGAACUCCAACAGUCAAUUAAAUCCAAUAUACCGGAAGAGCAUCCAAAGCCAUCAGAUACACCAAAAUCUGCCGAGAUGGUGUCUGAUUCUAUGCCCUCAGACAUGCCUCAAAAACCACUUUCUACAAAUUCAGUUGGUGAGUCUCUGGAACCGACAGACUCAGUAAUGGAUGUUGAUAUGGUUUCUAAUUCCUUGCCAUUAGAGAAGAUAGAAUCCCAGCCACUAUCUACAUCAACAUCAUCCCAAUAUAAUGGGACGGAAAAGGAUGUAGAUAUGAUAUCACCUUCACAUCCAGUUGGAUCAAAUUCUGGUGCUGAAAAUGACGCAAAUACAGGGGCAGGUCAAGAUCAUGCAGAAAAUGGCACAACAGUGAAAGAUGUUGGUACAAAGUCUAAACAGGAUAACAGUUCUGAGAAAUUGAAACGUGCUGCAGUUUCUACGCUUGCUGCAGCAGCAGUAAAGGCAAAACUUCUAGCAAAUCUGGAAGAAGACCAAAUCCGACAACUUACUUCUUCAUUGAUAGAAAAGCAGUUGCAUAAGUUGGAAACAAAAAUGGCUUUUUUCAAUGAUGUGGAGAAUGUGGUGAUGAGGGUAAAGGAGCAUUUGGAGCGGUCACGGCGUAGGCUUUACCAUGAGCGUGCUCUAAUAAUUGCGUCCCGGCUUGGUAUACCAGCUUCCUCAUCUAGAGGCGUAACACCAUCCUUACCAACCAAUAGAAUUCCUAUCAAUUUUGCAAACUCACUCCCAAGAUCACAAAUCAUGAUGAAUCCCCAAAGGCCACUGAUUUCUAGACCGGUGGGCACUGUAGCUACCACUCUUCCAAACCCAUUAGCAUCUGCAACUGCAGCUGGAAAUUCAGUUCGGCCAUCCAGCCAGGAAAAGCUUUCUUCUGUUGGGACACGCUAAAUAUUGAGUAAAUAUGGGAAAAAGUUCUUGUCUUCUUACUUAUUGAUCACCUGCCACCAUUUUGACAAUCCAUUUCUUUCAAAGGUCAAGUGCUGGCUAGGACUAACUCCAAAUUGACAACUAUUGGGAAUUCAGUGACCAGAAUAGUGCAUUUGAAGCUCAUCUUUUCCCCGUUAUUAGGAGCAGCCAGAGAUGAGAGGACGGAGUAAUAGAAAUAGUAGAGCGAUUGUUUUUUUUUUUUUUUUUUUUUUUUGAGGCGUUGAACUUGAACAAGUGGAUAGUUGUUGUCCUGUAACUUACAUGCCAUUCACUACUUCAUUCUUGGAUAGAGCAUAGUGAAAUUUGUAUUACUUUAUAAAGAAUAUAUAGCUGUUUGGGGAUGCUCAAAACAAGUAUUGGCUACCCGAGAUGGUUUCUUUUUCCCCUAUCAUUUCUUUAUUUUGAUAUGCAUCUCAACCUUCCUUUCCCACUUCACUUUGUAGGUCGAGGAACCUCCCUUUUCAGCGGACUUUUAACAGGUCCAUUUUAUUAUAUUCCCUAUUGCUGCCUGGAGUUCGCUAAGAUCAAAGCGAGAGAAAACCAAGAAAUUGUAGGCCAUUAUUUAUGUAAAAAUCCUUUCAGCCUCACAAUUCAUGCACGACUCCAUGAAACCUUAGCAAUCUUCCAUCCCGACAAUAAUUAUGAUUUAUGAACAAUAUUUACAUACUCGUAACUCCCGA